CAUUAGUGACUUGAAACAGAUUUUUAGUCAUGAAGUUUCUCGCAUCAAGUAUUGUUGUUUUAUUUGCUGCGCUUGCCAAUGAAGUUUUGUCAAAAGAAGCUCGAAGUAACUCGAAAUUCUUGAAAUUUAUUGAAAAAAUCAACAAAUUUGAGCGAUUGGAAAGCGUAUUUCUACUAAAAUUAUCCAAGGAACCAUGUUUUGAAGACAAAUUAAUACAAGAAAUUUCGCAUUCGCUUAGUAUUCCAGUUAUUUUGGGCACUGAAGUGUCUUCAUUUUACUUGAAGGGCAAAUUUAAUGAAAAUCUUCUUACUAUUGUUCAAUAUGAUUUCAAUGAUUUUAUUCUUCAGCUACUUGCGGAAUUUCUUCAACACCUUCGAUUUUGUAAAAUAAUUUUCGUGCUAAAAGCUUCAAAAAGAAAUGAUUUGGAACUGAAAAGUGUUUUCAAUUUCUGUUGGCGAAACAAAAUGGUCAAUGUUGUAGCAGUUUUUGAAGAUUUUGAGACUUCAUCCACUUACUUCAGAUAUACAAAUUUUGGAAAUUUUGAAAUUGAAGAAUUCAUUUGGAACAAGAAAGAUUCGAAUGUUUUUGGAGAUCAAUUACAGGACCUUCAUGGCUCUACAUUGCAAGUUCUACUUGGUGGAGAAGAUCCAGGGGUGAUAAUUUCUGAAAAUAUCAACGGAGAAAUGGUAAUUGGUGGUUAUGUUGGAAAUAUCUUCAAAGCUUUUGCAAAAAGGCACAAUGCCAGAUUGAACACUUCAAAAAGUUCUGUUGCAGAAUCUUGUUUGCAUAGUCUUGUCCUCAGUGAAACAGUUGAUUUAUCAAGUGCAGGUGGAGUAGUUAUGAAAGGUUCAUAUGAACGGUAUUCAUACCCAUAUAUUCAGUUCGGCUGGGGUGUGAUGUUACCUGUGGAGCCUAACAUUCCCAUUUAUAAAGUGUUUGCUUAUGUUUUUCAGUGGAAAGCUUUGAUAGUAACAAUCGGUAUACUUAUAUUGCUAUCUGUUUCACUUGAGGCUUCUUCUUAUUUCUUAGGGUCACAUCGACUCUUCUCCAUACGUGAAUUCAUUUUCAACAUCGAUUGUUUUCGUGGAAUGCUAGGACAAUCGUUUUCUGAAACACCAAGAGCUUCAUUUACAGAAAAAAUACUCUAUUCAUUAAUCUUUUUGUUGGGAAUCAUGAUAGUUACUUCGUACGAUGCAUUCCUUCAGUCCUUUAUGACUGAGCCACCAAGGGAAAAAGUAAUAAGAUCUCUUGAUGAUCUACAACUAUCUGAUAUAAAAAUUUUUACUUAUAAAAAAGACGCUGAUUUAUUGUACAAUGUAAGGCCUAAAUUUAAAAAAUAUUCACAUUUGUUUCUUGGCCAAACUAGCUUGGAGAAAUUUCAUAAACUUCGAGAUUCUUUCGAUACAAAAUAUGCUUACACAGUUGAUUCAAUGAAAUGGCAGGUAUACGAAAAUCAUCAAAAAUUUCUUGGAAAGAAACUUUUUCGUUGGUCUGAAGAAUUGAUACUUUUUGAGAAUGCUUUGGCAUCUCGGACUAUUGGAUUUCUGGAUAAAGAAGGAAUUUAAUGAAUUAGUUGAAAUUGGAAAAAUUAAAAACAUAACAUUUGGAUAUGAUUCGGAGUUAAAACAGUUGAAAGUUGAAGAUUUGAAAUGGGUAUGGAUAUUGAUGGGAUUAGCAUUGAUCGUUGCAACUUUAUGCUUUCUUGGAGAAAUUUUUGUAUUCAAAUGGAAAAAUAGAUGAAUAAAUGAAUGGUCAUGGUUGAUUCAAGAUAUUAAAUUUAUUAGUAAUACCAAUUAACUAUAAGUGUGAUUUUUAAAUAGAUUAAUUGUACUUUAAUAAAUAAUUGAUGUUGCUGUUGUUUGAAAAGAACAACCGUUUGUGUUUUUCAUUUCGAAUA